AGCACUUUUUGACACGUGGUCACAGAGGAUCAACUUGGACCGACGCGCACACGGAGUUCGCUCGAGUUUUGGUGCGUCCGUUUGCUUUGUGUUAUGCGCGCGCGCCGUGCGCCAGGCGGCUCUCCCCGUGGGCUCCGGGGUUAGAUGGUGCUGAUCACGGACGACAGGGAUGGAGGAGGCGCGUCGUCGCUCCGCGUCCAACAACUGCAGCAGCAGAAGAAAGUCCACCCGGCCAUAACCGAGGAGCCGCUGUCCCACUAUGACGAGGACUCCCCGUGCUCGUGCGAGGAGGAGGAGGACGGGGACGAGGAGGAGGACAGCGAUGAGUUCGAGGAGGUGGACUUUGAGGACUUGGAUGACUGUAGGAGCAUCGCGUCCGACGACUCCUUCUACCCACCGGAUGAUGCGUUCGCGGACUCGGAGCGCAGUCCGACUCCGGAGAGCCCGGAGCCGCUGAGCUUCUUCAGGGCGUGCUGCAGCAACAACGCGGCCAUCGUCCGGAUCCUGAUCCGGCACGGCGUCAAGGAGGAGGAGGUGAAGGAGACCGACAGGAACAACAGGACUGGACUGCUGGUCGCGUGCUACCAAGGUUUUGUGGACGUGGUCAUAGCGCUGUCUCAAUGUCCCUACCUGGAAGUCAACUGGCAGGACAGUGAGGGAAACACUGCUCUCAUCACCGCUGCACAAGCAGGUCACAUCACAAUCACCAACUAUCUGCUGAACUACUACUCGGGGCUGGACAUCGAGAGAAGAAACUGUCACGGUUUCACUGCUCUUAUGAAAGCCUCCAUGCAGGGCAGAGUGGACUGCGUGCGCUCGCUCAUGAUGGCCGGAGCUUCUCUAAAUGCGCGGGACUUCGGCCGCAACCUGACAGCCAGGGAGUGGGCCAUGUUUACGGGCCGGUACGAAACCGCCUGGGUGAUGACGCGCCUGAUAGAGCGGUCCUGUGCGUUCCAGUGCUGCGAUGCAUUCAGCUUAGAGUGGCCCCCGCUGACGUCGCUGGUGGCCAAAGCCCAGGAGCCCCGCAGCUGUCUGAAGCGCAUAUCGGACACGGUGCGGAACGUCUUCAACAUCGCAAACGUCACCAACCCAGAGGAGGAAGGCGUCAUGGACCACAUGGUGUCAGUCACUACGGCCUUAAAAAGCCCAUUUAUCGCCGUGGCGUGCCGAACUGUGUGUCCUGGCAGUCCUGCAAGCGUGGGCAAACGGCGGCAGGCAGUGCCAGAGAUCAUCCGGCAGCAGCGCGCCAGAGAGCUCCGCUCCACCAACCCCAACAGAGCGGACAGCCACCUGAAACUCUUUCAGAACUCUCAGGUCACUCUGGUGGCCAAGAACUCCGAGGACCGCCGGACCAGCCUUCAAAUCCAGAGAUUGGCCUCUCGACAGAGGAGCUCCAGCCUGGGCCCGGUGGCCCACAACCAGGCCCUGGAGCUGCGCAGAACCAGCCUGCUGCCCGUGCACAUGGUGAUGAGAAGGAGAAGCGUCAGGCCAGGCUUCAGCAUUCCCAAGGUCAGGGUUUCAAAGGCACCGACGCCCACCUACGAACCGGACAGGACCCAGAAGAAAAGCAGCAUCAAGGACGGAGGGGGGAAUUUUCUGCAGAUCCCCAAGUGGAGGUACAAGGAGCUGAAGGAGCAGAGGAGGAAAGCAGAGGAGGCUGAGAGGAAGAGGAUGGAGGCUGUAACCAGGAGACACGUUGCUGCAGGGAGGAGACGAUAAUAUAUUCACCUCAGGGAACUUUUUAUUAUCCUUCAAACAAACAAACCUGAACAGAG